AUGGUUCAGCCAGCAUCAGCCAACAAGAACAUCUGGGUAGCAGCCUCAGACGGCGAUAUCACGCGGGUCAAGCACCUGAUCGAGGUCGAGGGUCUAUCGCCCAAUAUCAAAGACUCCAAUUCCUACACGCCAAUGCACGCCGCCGCAUCCUACCACCACUUCGAGCUCCUCGAGUACCUCUUGUCAGUAGGCGGAGACAUCAACAUUCCCGAUGCAGAAGGCGAGACCCCGCUCUUCACGGUCGAAGGGGUAGAGGCGGCGCGAUGGUUGGUGGACCAUGGGGCGGACGUGGCGGCGGAGAACGAUGAUGGGCAGACAGCGGCAGACUACCUAGAAGACGACCACCCAGAAAUAGCAGCCUACCUCCGUUCCAUGCCUUCCGGCGGUGUGCCACCAGCAGCAGACGGGGCAGCAGCAGUCGAUGCCCGUGCCGAGAGAAUAGCAGAUAUGGAGGCGGACGAGCUCAUGCUGGAGGCGCAGGCGAUCAUGGAGGAAGCGCAGCGGACGGGCGAGGAUCCAGAGGGGAGAUUAAGAGGGAUAGUGGAGCAGGCUGUCAAUCGGGGCAUAGCUGCAGCGGGUGGGGCCGAGGGGGGCGCAGAAGCGGAAGAGGCAAGAAAACGCACGAGGAUGGACGGGAUGGACGACUAA